UACAUGUAGGGGUGAGCUUGGCAGGGUAAAGCAUUGGGACCGAGGUUUCCUGGAUGAUCACAUAUUUAAUAUCUUGAAAGUGCAUCUGGGCCCUCGUGUCACCCAAAGCUUUAGAAGAACACCCUGGAGGAUAACUUGAACUCCACGAAGACGUGAACACAGAGAGAUUUGGCUGAGUUCUCAAAGUCUACUGCGAUGGAUAAACUAGUUGGACUCUUUAGCUCCGUAGGAAGGAUAGAAUUGAGACAGGAUCAAGAUGCAGUCGACCGUUUUAAUUACAGAUACACAGUAGUUAUUCUAUCAAUAUUCACUCUCAUCGUCACCACUUCACAUUAUGUCGGUGACCCAAUAACAUGCUGGACGCCUGCUCACUUCACGGGGCAGAUGGUGCACUAUACGGAUGAUUGGUGCUGGAUCAAGGGCACAUACUACCACCCCAUGAAAGAGCAUAUUCCACGAGUAGGCGAACCACGUGAGUUUGACGUCAACUACUAUCAGUGGAUCCCUUUAUUCCUGAUGGUCCAGGCAUUAUUGUUCUACAGCCCCAGUGUAGUGUGGCAUACGUUUAACAGUCGCACGGGAAUUGAUAUCAACAAGGUAAUAACAGCAGCGAGCACGUUAGGCGAAGUAGUCCUGGAAAAGCGGGAGACAACUCUUAAGCACUUGGUCCGAUACAUUGAUAACUACCUAGAUAAACAUCGAGAUCGGACGGCAGAAGCAAGCAGGAUCGUUCGGUUACAGAGGUUCUUAGCGGAGAAAUGUUGCAUGAUAUGCGUUGGUAAAAGAACUGGAAGCUUUAUAUGGGUAUUGUACAUGUUGGUUAAAAUAUUGUACAUAGGCAAUGUUAUCGGACAGCUACUGGCGAUAAACUCGUUCAUUGGGAUGAAGCACCAUUUGUACGGGCUGGGCAUUUUCUUGAAUCUGGCAAGCGGCAAAGACUGGGAAGAAUCGCCAGUUUUCCCUAGAAUCACACUAUGCAGUUUCUAUAUGAGAACUUUAGGUGGUAACAACCACAGACACACACUACAGUGUGUUCUCCCAGUGAAUCUCUUCAACGAAAAAAUCUACAUUUUCCUCUGGUUCUGGUACAUCUUUGUUCUAAUCCUCACCUCCCUCAAUUUCUUCUCGUGGAUUUUCAAAUCCAUCCACGGGGUCAGGACGAAAUUCUUCAAGAAAAACCUGGUGUGGAUGGAGAGGCUGAGUGCCCGAGGAAAUACGAUGGCCGAUAAGAAACUAUAUCACAAGUUUGUGGAUAAAUAUCUUUGCGCAGACGGCUAUCUCAUAAUGAGGCUCGUGGCCUUGAACACUUCUGAGUUCGUUAUGUCUGAGAUUAUAGCGGCCUUGUGGGACAACUUUAAAAAGAGACAGCCAGCCAGUUAUGAACAUGGUUUGCUGGAAAAUGGCGGGUAUAACGACUUUAAAAAGUCGAGUGAAAAGGAUGAGUUGAAGGACAUUUAGAUUCCGUCCAUUGAGUACUGCUCUGAAUUUUAGUUGUGUAAGAAUUACACCUAAUUUUACAAGGAAAAUGCAAAGCUAGCUGCGCCCAGUGAUUACAGAAUGGGAGUAUUUUAAUAACAUGUAGUGGCACGUGAUUUGCAAUAUUUUAAACAACAAUGCCAUUUCAAUGCACUUUUUAUUUUAUCAACAUUGUAUAUAUUAACAACAUGUAAAUAAUAAGAUGCAGUACAUUUUAAUACUUAAUUGAAUGAAUAUACACAAUGAAUAUGUUCCGUCGUAUAUAUUUGCAGGAAAUGUUUUUAAAUGCUCAAUGUAGAAAAUGAUAUUUUAGUAAAUUCACAUUCCAAGUUUGCAUUUAUUUGUAUGUAAUGCAGUAACGUGCUUUGAUAAUAAAAC